CCGAGUCUGACGAUGCUGUAUCCGCCUUCACGGCUGCUGCCUUGUUGAAGGAAGUAAAGUCUGUCAAACAUGAGUUUCCACCACGGCCAGGGCUAUCCAGGAGGAGGCAACCCCCAACCAGGUGCUCCAUACGGGGGAGGCAGUGGUCCAUAUGGGCCAUAUAGUGCCGCACAUCAAACAGGAGCUCCUCAUGGUGCUUAUGGGGUCCCAGGUCAAGGAGUGCCAUAUGGGCAUGGACCAGGGAGUGCCCCUGCCGGGCAUUAUGGGGGUUACGGGGGACAGCCCCAUGGAGGACCUUACGGGCACCAUGCCCCUGCAGGUAACAUCCCUCCUGGUGUUAACCCAGAGGCAUACCAGUGGUUCCACACUGUCGACACGGACCACAGUGGCUUUAUCAACCUAAAGGAGCUGAAGCAGGCUCUUUUCAACUCCAACUGGUCCACUUUUAAUGACGAGACCUGCCUCAUGAUGAUCAACAUGUUUGACAAGACGCGGUCGGGCCGAAUGGACCUGUUUGGCUUCUCAGCACUGUGGGACUUCAUGCAGCGGUGGAGAGCACUCUUUCAGCAGUACGACAGGGACCGCUCAGGCACUAUCAAUGGUGCAGAGCUACACCAAGCCCUCGCUCAGAUGGGCUACAACCUGAGUCCCCAGUUUUCCGAGACGCUGGUGCGACGCUUCGCCGUGCGAGGCGCACGGCCGGGCAUUCAGAUGGACCGCUUCAUCCACGUGUGCACCCAGCUCCAGAGCAUGACGCAGGUCUUCAGGGAGAAAGACACGACCAUGACAGGCAACAUCCGCCUUAACUAUGAGGAUUUCCUCUCGGGGGCCAUCACCAGGCUCAUGUGAGCCUCAUUCCACUGGCUAUUCCCUCAGCACUGUGGAUUCACAGUAUCAUUCCAUGUUCAGGUCAUAUAUUACUCAAUGCUCUACCAUAAGUGCCCCUACCUGUUGGUAUACAUACAGUAUAUCAGCCAGAACACAUUAUGCCAUGGCUUGUUGCUGUAAAUAGAUAAAGCCUUACACCAUGCACUUGGAUAAAGUUCAGCAGCUGUUAUAAAGGCAGCUGAAGCCUUUACUUGAUGGCUUAUCCUUCACCAGGGGUCAGCAGGUCACAGUCAUAAUCUUACCAUACAUGCCUUGAUGACACAAAGAUUAUUGUUUACUAGUACCAGUAUUUGAUUGAAAUUCUGAAUAGUUUAACUGAGAUAACAGGAGAGCUUCUGUUUACAUGUGAGAUUUGCUGACAGUCAUUAUCCUGUGAAUUUGCUCACAUGCAGCAUUAAAGAGUUACUUGAGUAUUUUUCAAACUUUAUCCUAUUUUCUCAAGUUUUUGUGUCUAAGGGUGUUUUCACACUUGGUCCUUUUCAGCCCUAAACAACCUCUGACGACUUUUGCACAUAUGUGAACACUCCAAGAGAACUCAGACCCAUAACCAUACUCAGAAGGUGGUCAUCUGGUGGUUCAUCUGAAAGCGAGGGGCUUCAUAAUCAAGUGCCAGGUCAAAGUGAAAAAAAUAAGCUACGUCAAUAUAUUUCAUAAUAUUUCAAAGAGGACUGAGGGUCCGUCAGAGCUGAAGUUGACCAGAUAGAGAACUGUGUCCUCUUUGAAUUCAACUGUGAGUCUUUUUUCUGUUGGUCCACUUUUUGGUGCACUUGAAGAGGACUGAGUUCAGUUUAUUUAAAAAGGACUAUAUGUGAAAACACCUUAAGUGACCGAUGAAAACAACAUUUUGUGAACUUGGUCCAGUCUCCAGUGGUAAAACAGGCUGCAGUUUGACCACUCGGGACAUUUGUGCACUGUCAGUUGAUGUCCUCUAAAACUUGUUUUUGCCACUGACAGGCUCAGAUUGUGUCUAACAGCAUUAUGGAAAGGAGAUAGACCUGCUUUUCAUGAGUAAGAUCCUUUUAGUUUAGCUAGACACAGCCCUGAAAUAAUUGCCAACAACCUCACCAGACUCCAUUUAAAUCAACAGUCAUUUUGGGGUGUAUAGAAGAAGCAUGUUUUCACAUCUAACUGGGUGAAUUUAGGGUUUAUUUACCAAACCAGAGUUGGUGACUGUUGGAACUGCAGAAAGAUGAACCAAGACAGUUUUUGUGAGUUGUAUUUGGUCUUGGUUGACUUUUAAAGAAGUAUGUUUUACAAUGGUAAAAUUACUGUUCAUUGAAAUGGAGUCUGGUGUGUUUGGCAACUGUUUCCUCAUUGAACAAAAAGGAUCUCACACUUCAACAAAAAGCUCAGUCUCAGUAGGAUCCUCUCUAUAAUGUUGUCAGACACUUUGAAUAAUAAUCUGAGCCCCUCAGUGGCAAAACUAAACACUUCAGUGGAUGUGAAAUCACAGUGUACAAAUGCCCCAUUUGGUUAUAUUGCAGCCUGUUUCACAGCUGCCAGCUGCAGCCUUCUCACUCAAUACUGGACUUCAAAAACUGUUCCCAUUAGUUGCUUCGACACAAAAACCUGGGAAAAUUGGCUCCAGGUUGAAAAAUACCAGGUACCCUUUAAAUUAUUCCUAUGCAAACGCCUUUUAAAUGUAUGUAUAUCAGGAAAUAUUCAGCAUUUCCAGAGUGUAUUCCCAUGCAGUGGUUGCACAUUGUUUCGAACAUUGCUUUAUAUUGUAUGUGUGUAAUCAAGCUAAACAGGGCCACAUUUUAUAAUAUCAGAAAUAUUACACUCUCACAUUUAGUAGGGUGUUGCUGGUAAAGCUCUGCCAGUAAGUGUUGAGAAUGAAAGAAAUUUAUUUUAGUUUUUGCUAAGGUGUACCUCCGUUAGCGAGUUUUAAAUAAAAAUAAAUAAAAAUAAUAAUAAUAAUAAUAAUAAAUAAAAUAUCUGUGGACAAAGGAGAAGAGACCCAACAGCACGACAGUGUGUUCCCUGUAGUGAAAUGGGAUUUGCAGUGAUGGUGGGGCCAGUACUUUGAGAGAUGAUACACUUGUGUUUUGAAAUCAGUGAAUAUGCCAAAAUGGUCCUAACUGCCAAAAACAAAUAAAUGCUUUUUUUUGUCACA